AUGGCGGAGUGGGGGGACGAGGUGUGGCAAGACGACGAAGAGGUUCGCGUCUUGCAUGGUGAACUAUCCGAGACAUGGAAGUCCUUCGACGCCUGCACUGGUGAGUGGAAGUUCCCAGCUGGUCUAAUGUCGUAUCUUCAAGAGCAGGGCUUCCGAUGCCCAACUCCAAUCCAGACCUACGCCUGGCCCGUGCUUUGCAAGGGCUCAGACUGCAUCGGCGUGGCCAAGACUGGGUCGGGCAAAACCUUGGGCUACCUUCUCCCCGGCUAUGUCAAAGUCAAGCGGCAUGAAGCUCAGGAAAGGACUUAUGAAAAAGGCCCUGGCAUGUUGGUCCUGGCCCCCACCCGAGAGCUUUGCCAGCAAAUCUAUGAAGAGUCGGAAAAAUUCGGAAAGCCAGCGGAUGUCGUGACAGCAUGCGUCUAUGGCGGGGCUCCACAGCAACCUCAACUACAGGCGCUACGAGGUAAGCCACAAUGUGUGGCAGCAACACCUGGCCGGUUGAACGAUUUUCUUAAGAGAGGCAUGUUGGACCUCGAGCUGUGCGACUACCUCGUUCUGGACGAAGCCGACAGAAUGUUGGACAUGGGUUUUGAGCCUCAGAUCAAGGAGACUGCGCAAUGGCUCCCUUCUGAGCGCCAAACAGCCUUGUUCACGGCGACGUGGCCUUCAGAGGUGCGGGACCUGGCGUGGUCAUUGACGCAAAAGCCAGUUCACAUACAAGUGGGAACAACGGAUGCUCAAACGGCAAAUGCUGACAUCCGCCAACAUAUCGUCACCGUCCACUCCGAACAGGACAAGGUCACCUUCCUGGAGGAGAAAUUCUUCAAAAUGUUGCAGGAGAAGGAGGGCUCGGGACUAAUAUUCACGAAGACUAAGAAGACAGCAGCGUGGCUUUAUGACACGCUGGGAAAGAAUGGAGCACCAAUCGUCUGCUUGCACGGAGAUAUGGACCAGACACAGCGAGACUGGUCAUUGAAGCAUUUCAAAGAGGGCAAGGCACGGGUCCUCGUCGCUACUGAUGUAGCACAGCGCGGCCUCGACAUACGAAAUGUGCAAAUCGUCGUCAACUAUGAUGCGCCGGCCAACAUUCAGGAUUAUGUUCAUCGCAUAGGUCGUACAGGACGGGCAGGUGAGAAGGGAGAUUCUUACACGUGCUUGUUUGCCUCUGACUGGAAUUUGGCGAGCCAGAUCAUCAAAGUCUUCAAGAAGACCGGCCAAGAAGUGCCAAAAGAUCUCACAGACAUAGCAGAAGGAAACGCAGGCUAUGACGGGAGCAGCACACUUGACGGUACGUGGGGAGGGAAGUAUGCUGAUUCCGCUUGGGAUAACAAGUCGUGGGACGACAAGUCUUGGGACGACAAGUCUUGGGACAACAAGUCUUGGGACAACAAGCAUGCCGAUUCCACGUCCUAUGAGAGCUAUGAGUCUCCAGAUGGACAAGGCAAGGGCGCACAGGAGGAGGCGCAGUCCGGUGAGGCUACAGGAUAUACCUAUGAUUGGUGA